AUGGUUGGGGUCGCUAUUGUGUCUAUGCCACAAGAAGAGCACCGGCUCGCUUCGAGUCACCACACCCGGGUCUACGUGCCUCGAGCACUAAACCCUAUAGCCGAGCAUUUUGGGAAAAGUAACGUAGUGCAGAAAUUGAAGAAGAGAUCCGCAACCUACGAGGGAAUUGAGGAAGACGAGAUGGCCAUCUAUGGACCAGGAAUGGAUGCUUCAAUUGGCUUGCUGGCUGUCUUGUGUGUUUGUCUCUGUUCAGGGCUAGCAGGCGUAUAUUUCGAAAAGGUCAUCAAAGAAUCGCCUCGGCCAACCUCUAUGUGGAUUCGAAACGUGCAGUUAUCCCUAUACUCCCUUUUUCCAGCAUUUUUCAUUGGAGUCAUCUUUUUGGAUGGAGAAACGGUUGCGAAGAACGGAUUCUUCGCUGGCUACAACUCGGUUGUGUACAUCUCGAUUCUUGUCCAAACCUUUGGAGCUGUGGUCGCUGCAUUCUGCAUGUUCUAUGCAGACAACAUCUCAAAAAACUUUGCCAUCAGCAUUAGCAUGGUGCUGAGUGCUCUCGCCAGCGUCUUCUUCUUCGAUUUUCGGGCCACUACAAAUUUUGUGGUUGGCACAGCCAUCGUCCUUACCUCAACAUAUAUGUACACCUUGCAGGGUGCUCAACCUUCAAGACCACCUCUAAUCAAGAUCAAUUCGGAACAAGAGAAGGACAUAUUAACCAAUUCCGCAGAACUGAGAGACCACUCAAUAUCUAUACCUAAGACACCUCUCAGCCUUGACGAUACCACGAUUACGACUUCACGACCAGGAUCACCCGCACCUCAUAAGAAGAGGAAAAAUGAAUCCCUAGGGUAUUUUGCGAGACCCCAUUACUGA